AUGGCCGCUCCCCGCAUUACCCUGUACCUGGACAUCGUCAGCCCAUUUGCAUACAUCGCAUUCUAUGUGCUGAGGCACUCCCCCGUGUUCUCCGGCUGCAAUAUUACCUACGUUCCCAUCUUCCUGGGUGGAUUGAUGAAUGCCUGUGGCAACACCCCACCCAUCAAGAUCAGGAACAAGGACGUAUGGAUUGACCAAGAACGGACCCGUUGGGCACGCGCCUUUUCCGUUCCUAUUUUGGAACACCGACCCGAGGGCUUCCCACCAUUGACCUUGGGACCGCAGCGCGCCCUCACUGCAAUUUCUCAGAAGUAUCCAGCUCAACUGGUUCCGGCCUUCGAGGCUCUCUUUCAUGAAUUCUGGGUUAAGGGAAAUGCUAAGAUCGGACAACCCGAGGCAUUCGGUCCCGUCCUGGAGAAGCAGCUAGGGAAAGCCGGCUCCCAGGAUGUCUUUGAGGCUAUGAACCAGCCGGAAAUCAAGUCACUCUUGACAUCCCGAACUGACCAAGCCUUCAAGUCCGGUGCCUUUGGUCUCCCUUGGUUUGAGUGCACUAACGCCAAGGGCCACACGGAAGGCUUCUGGGGCGUCGAUCAUUUAGGCCAGGUAGCGGACUUUUUGGAAUUGAGUCGGAAUUCGGAUAGGGGCUUUAGAUCGUUACUGUAA